CGAAAAAAACAUAUAUUUUCUCAUAGUCAGAAACAGGAAACACUCACAGCAACAGAAUCAACACACACAGCCCCUGUAGUCCUGUACUACCACAGACUCUCCCACCUCCGUACCUGCCGUUAUACUCAUCGUCACCACCACCAGUAUGGGCAAACACGGCAACAUGCAACAGUACAAAAAAGGCUCCGGCGGUAAACGGAAAAACCCAGGUAGGCCUCGCGCACAGCAGAGUUUAAGACUUUAGGGGGGUUGGCGGCCAACCCUGAUCAACCGACUCUGUUUCAAUUUGCUGACAUAGCAAAAACUUCUGUCACAUCCACCGCACCAACACCAACAAUCGCAGACACAGACACAUAUGCAGCAGCUGACCCUCAACCAACAGAAACACACACACCUUAACCAGAUCAGACUGAGAUCGUUGAUGCUCUUGCGGAGGUCGUCGAUACAAUCGCAAGCGGAGAUCGUUCAUGCGCAUGCGGAGAUCGUCGACCAAGCUUUGAUUCCUCAAAUUUCGAGUACGUCGGUGGCAAUACUAUCAAAUGACACAGAUAAUACUGCAGCUUUAAACAGUAGCGAGGACGUAGUGAUUAGUAAUGUGACGAACACAUCAUUCACACGUUUAAACGACCCUUUACUGCAAGAUGCUGGCGUACAUGCAUCUCAAAUACAAAGAGCGGAGUCUACCACAUCCGAUGGUCCUAGACCUGACGGCGAAAUUUUAGUGCUGUAUUACAUAGAGAGUGUUUAUGAUAAGAUCUCGAAAUGUUGUAAGACUUCCGCAACAGCUUUGUUGGAGUAUUUGAAUAAAUCGAUGUGGAUUCGUGCCCCAAAUCCCACCUUGUGUGGCCUUGCGACCAAAAAAG